AUGCAGUUGCUAACGUCCAACUAUGAUGAUUUACUUCUUGGAUAUCAAGUUGAAGAGAGAGGAAAGGACGAAGGUGUUGGAGGAUAUUCCCCCGCUCACGAAGGGGAAUGGGCGCCGGGUUGCUGGGAACUGUUUAUCAAGGAUGGGGAGAGCACGGAAUGGGUUGACCAUGCCAAUCAGGAUUUUGCCUUUCGACAUGACGAUGAUGUGCUGUGGGACCUGACAGAAGACGAAGCGAUAUGCUUCCGGGAUCGCGGAGCGGAAGGCGAGUUAUCUUCAGUUGAUGGGCACUUAAGUGAGCUUUGGGAUGACGACUUUGCUGAAGUAACACACGAGAGCUGUGUUGAAAUGGAUAUAAUUUGGGAAGGGAACGAGUUUUUGGAUCAUGAGAGCGAAGCGGAGAGUUCUCACCAGAAUCAGGCGGUUUCAUGUGAUGAAGAUGUGCUGGAUACUACAGAACAAAAACAUGACCAUGGCGGUUCUACAAUCCGUGCUAAUACACUCUCCAGCAAUAUGGUACAUUACAGUCCAGACGCACAUGCCGAAUGGUUCAGCGAAGAUGGCUUGGAAGACACCGCAGAAAAUGAUAGCUGGGCGCCGCCCUCAUUGAGUCGAGAGCAUGAUCAAAUCCAGUUCCGCUCUGAAGAUGAUGAUAUGCUGUUUACAUACGAAGCGGACAGCAACAGCAGUUCUUUGAAAUUCGAGCUAUCGGUGGACAGCGAUGUUUGGGCAGAUGAUCGAUUAUCGUACAAGGACGAGACGCUUGUACCGGAUAUAUUAGGACUCACGGCAGGAAAGGAAAUGGAAAUGGAUAUAGAUCCUCUGAUUUCCAGCCAAUUGGAGAAGGACAAAAAGUUAUCAAAGAUCCCAUUCGAAAUCGUUCUAGUUGGAGAUCCAUGUAUGGACCAGUUAGAGGUUGGGUCGCUCUGGAAAGCAACGGCACGUAGCCGAGAGUGGAUGCUGGAGCAAGUAGAUGCCGUACUCAGUCGCAUCCGACAAGCGCCCGAAACUGGAAAACAACAUGUUCUCAAGAUGAUCUCUCGUAGUCAAAAAGUUUGGAAGUAUGACGAUCAGAUCCCAGUCAUGAGACUGCAAACAAAAAGGCACGUCUACAAAAUGAUUCCAGAUGGGAAUGGGCGCUUCGACAUAUAUGUGCGCAUUCUGGAGUACUGUAAAGAUCUCUUGCAAAAGAAUGUAACUGCGACAAAAAGAGAGAUAUACUAUCGUGAUGUCGCUUUGUUCAAGAGUCAACGGGUUGUAGAUCAGGCAAUCGAAGAUCUUGCAUGUACCUUCGCAGUUCAAAGGCAUUGCCUCAAUAUGGUUGCCUCGUCCAAAGGUCUGGUGCAUGGGGACUUGCGCUUACAUAUGGUAGACAGAACUAUAGUAGAUUGUCUUCAAGGGGGCCAUCAGUCCUUAACUACAGCCAAGUUUGUGCUGGUGAUCGAAAAGGAGGCAACAUUCCGCACAGUCGUUGCUGACCGAUUUGCUGCCAUACAUGGUCCAUGUAUCUUGAUAACGGGGAAAGGAUAUCCUGACGUAUCAACACGAAGACUUGUCAAAAGAUUAUCUGAAAUUGAACAACGUGCACAGGUGGAGGAUGGACCGGUCGAACGCCUUCCGGUUUUGGCACUUGUAGAUUGCGAUCCCCAUGGAAUUGAAAUUUACUUGUGCUAUAAGUUCGGCUCUAAGGCAAUGGCAUUCGACUCUCAUAAUCUCGCCUGCCCUACCAUCCGCUGGAUCGGUCUCCGCCCAAGAGACUGGAUCAACACCGACUACCAGAUCGAUUUUAACAAACUGCUCGUUUUGACGGAACGGGAUCGGCGUCGAGCUUUGGGAAUGCUAAGAAGAGGUUACAUCAAACAAUUUUCAGAUAUACGUACUGCCUUAUCUCGCAUACUAUUUUAUGGCCGCAAAGCCGAGAUACAGGCGGUACCCCCGGAUAUACUCACAGGAACCUAUUUGCCGAGAAUUGUGGCAGAACAAAUUAAUUGA